AUGUUGUUCCCCGAAGAACACGAAAACGACCUCAAACUCUUCCUCGUCCAAAAGAUCGAAAAGACGCCCGACGCUGACGAGGUCGACGCGGAGGUGCUCGCGGAUUAUGUCCUUGCUUUGCUGAAGCAUGAUGGGGAUGUGGAGAGUGUGAGGCAGACUUGCGUGGCUAGUUUGCCUGAUUUUCUUGGGGAAGGUUUGUUUCUUUUUUUUUUUCCUUUUUUUUUUUUUUGGCUCAGGGAAUGUAUGGCGGGAACUGACAAAGUUUGGAUGACAGGCACGCAGCAGUUUGUCGACGGGAUUUUAGAGGCGAUUACGUUCAAGACUUAUCUUCCGAAUGCGCUUCCGCCACCACCACCACCGCCGCCGAUGACGGGGUUGUUGUACGAUGAUGAUCAGGCUGGGAAUGGGUAUCUACGACAGGCGCAAGCGGCGGGACAACAGAAUAAUGGGUUUGGGGGAGGGGGAGGGGGGAACAGGAAGAGGGGGUAUAAUGAUCUGGAUAGCCCUGCGACUGGGGCGGAGGCUUAUCAUGCCCGGGCUUUUAAGCAGCCCAGACGGGGGAGUGCUGGGAGGGGGUUUGAGCAGUCGCUGCCGGGGUCGAGUGGUGGUGGAUUCGUGGAUCCGGAGUAUGCGGCCAAGUUUAUGUUUAAUGUGUUGAAUCAGCCCGAGUUUAUGGCCGCUGCUGCGCAGAAUGGAGGUGGAGGUGGGAGUGGGGGGAGGAACAAGAAGAAGAAGAGGGCGCCAAAGUGUAGGGAUUAUGUCAACAAGGGGGUUUGUCCCAGGGGGUUCAACUGCAGGUUUGAUCACUCGAGUGAUGAUCCGGCGGGUUUUGGUGGGGGUGGGGGGUUUGGGCAGGUAGAAGCUAAUGCCCUCAUGACAAACAUGUUUCCGCAGCCGGGUGCUGGCCUUCCAGGGAUGCCUUCUUUCGGCGAAAUGUUUGCUCAGAGCCAGCCGAAACAGCACAACAACUCCCACCGGUCUAAGGGGCAGGGUGGGAACCGCGGCGGUCGCCAAAAGCGAGGUGGUGGGGACAGAUCAACUUUCUCAGCAGAGGGACCAGUAAGUGAUCGGACCAAGUCGACCAUCGUGGUGGAGAGCAUCCCAGAGGAAAACUUUGACGAGGAUCAAGUUAGAGACUUUUUCAGCCAGUUUGGGAACAUCCUCGAAGUGAAGAUGUAUCCAUAUAAGAGACUGGCCGUGGUCAAGUUUGACUGCUGGGAGGCUGCCAAUGCGGCGUACAAGUCGCCAAAGGUCAUCUUUGAGAACCGAUUUGUGAAGGUGUUCUGGUUUAAGGACGAGGAACAAAUUGCGCCACCUCCUGGGAAACAGGGUGGUGGUGUGAAUGGGGGUGCCUCUGGGCAAGGGGGAGAGGCACCACCGGAGAAUGUGCCGCUGACCGAGGAGCAGUUGGAGGAGAUUAGGAAACGGCAGGAGGAAGCGCAGAAGGUAUUUGAGGAGAAGAUGAGGAAGAGGGAGGAGUUAGAAAGAAAGCAGAAGGACAUUGAUGAGCGGCAGAAGGAGCUUCUUGCUGCCCAGGAGGAAUUGAAGGCGAAGCUGGCGAAGAAAGGGGAGGGUGUGGGGGAUGGGGAAGGUGAGGGUUCGACGUCAAAGCAGCCUAUGACGCAGUCAGAAGCUCUGAGGGCUCAAUUGGCUCGGUUGGAGGAGGAAGCUAGGCAGAUCGGGCUCGAUCCCCAUGCCGAAAUGGAUGCGGAGGAAGGGUUAGAGGCUAGCUGGGGUGCUCCGAGAGGGGGUUACUAUGGCCGUGGAAGGGGGGCUCCGUGGCGAGGAGGCUUUGUUCCUCGGGCUCGCGGAUUUGCGUCGAGAGGGUUCCGGGGGGGUUUUCGUGGGAGAGCCGACGUUCACGCGGCUUAUGCGGCUUAUUCGCUUGAUAACAGACCAAAGAGGGUGGUGGUUUCGGGUGUGGAUUUCACAGAGGGCCAAAGGGACGAGGUGCUUCGGCAGUAUCUCUUUGUGAGUUUUUACCUCUUCUCAUCUGUCUGUCAUCUUAUUAACAUGACAAUCCAGGGCGUUGGCGAAUUCACCCACAUCAACCACAGCUCCAGCCCCCCAACAACCGAAAUAACCUUCAAGGACCGCAAGACAGCCGAGAAGUUCUACAACAGCGUCAGCCUCAACGAUUACACCAUCCCCGAGAUCGAAGGGCAGGUCGAGUUGUCAUGGGCUAGUGCCUCAUCCUCUUCGACGGCACUGUCGACGCCUACGGCAAGCGGGUUCAGCCACGUCAAUGGUGUCGUUACGAAUAAGUCCACCGGGGUCACCGCUCAGAACGGUGAUGAGGACGGACAUGAUCAGGAUCAUGAUGGGGAGAGUGUCGAUGACGAUAGGGACGUCAGGAUACUGCUUGACCAUCAGCCGGAGCAAGAGAAGGAUAAGGACAGGGAGCAGAAUGAGAUGGAUUAUGAGGUUGCUGAUGAUGCGGAUCAGUGGUAUUAG